GUGCAAUUCAUUCCCAUUAGAUCAGAUUAGAUUAGAAUGGAGCUUCUUAUCCCAUCUCAGGUAAUAGGAACAUUUGUAGCCUUAAUCUUGUUGGUGUAUUACUGCUUAUCCAGAAACAAAACCAGAAAGGGAAGGGAACCCCCAACACCAUCUGGUGCCUGGCCAGUUAUUGGUCAUCUCCAUUUGCUUGGAGGAAAAACCCCUGUUCCACGAAUCCUUGGAGCUAUGGCCGACAAGUAUGGGCCGGCCAUCAUGCUCAGACUCGGCGUACAUCGCUCACUAGUUGUGAGCAGUGCAGAGAUGAUCAAGGACUGCUUCACUACCAACGAUAGAGUUUUAGCUACACGUCCUCGUUUAGCUCCAGGGAAGUACUUCUUCCAGUAUGCUGUGUUUGUGUUCUCACCUUAUGGGUCUUAUUGGCGUGAGAUCCGUAAGAUGUCCAAUAUUGAAUUACUUUCCAAAACCCGUCUUGACAAACUCAGGCAUGUUAGGAUCUCUGAAGUAGACAGAUCCAUCAAAGAAUUGUACUCACUUUGGGCAGCCAACCACAACGACAACAACACUACUGACCGACGACCUAUCAAGGUGGAGAUGAAGCAGUGGUUCCAACACCUUACUUAUAAUGUCAUCACCAAACUGAUUGCUGGGAAACGUUACUAUGGGAACAAUAUUAUUGAUGCUUCGGCUGGAAAUGAAGUUGAUGUGGCACAACGAUUCCGGAAAGCUAUGGCUAAAGUGUUGUACUUAAGUGGGGUUUUUGUUGUAUCGGAUGCAAUACCCUAUUGUGAAUGGUUGGACUUGGGAGGACAUCUGAGAGCCAUGAAAUCUACUGCUAAGGAAAUAGAUUCUAUAAUUGGAAAUUGGAUUGAUGAACAUCGUACUCGUGGUCGUCACAACAGGAUACAUGAAGAAGAAGAUCAAGAAGAUCAACUGGACUUCAUUGAUGUGAUGCUAUCCGUCAUUCCUGAGGACAAUUUGAUGUAUGGUUAUGACCGUGAUCUUGUCAUCAAGGCAACUGCACUGAACCUCAUCGGAGGUGGCUACGAAACAACCUACCUCACCCUGACAUGGGCACUUUCUUUGCUACUCAACAAUCCCCAAGUACUGAAAAGGGUACAGAAUGAGCUGGACGUCCAUGUUGGCAGGGACAGACACGUUGAAGAAUCAGAUAUCAAGAACCUGGUGUACCUCCAAGCCAUUGUCAAGGAAACUUUACGUCUAUACCCUCCACUACCCUUGUCAAUACCACAUGAAGCCUUGGAAGACUGUCAAGUAGGGGGCUAUGUUGUCCCCAAGGGUACACGUUUGCUUGUAAAUCUGUGGAAGCUUCAUCGGGACCCUCAAGUGUGGUCAGACCCUAAUGAUUUCAAACCAGAGAGAUUUCUCACUACACAUUCACAAGUAGAUUUUAUGGGUCAAAACUUUGAGCUCAUUCCUUUUGGAUCCGGCAUACGAUCUUGCCCGGGUAUUUCGUUUGCCAAGCAAGUCUUGCACUUGACUCUUGCUCGUCUACUACAAGGAUUCAAUUUUGAGACCUCUGAACCAGUAGACAUGACUGAAGGCCUAGGACUCUCCAUGCCCAAAGCAACCCCACUACACAUGCUUUUCACCCCACGCCUUCCUUCUAAGCUUUAUGAAGAUUAGAGUUAUUUUGUUAUU